CUUCCUGUAUCUGCUCUCAGGUGAGUCACCUGUGGCCCCUGUGUCUUCGCUGCUCUUUCUGUCGACAUCAAACGAAGUGAAUCGUCGCGUCCGUGUAGAAGAGUUUCGGAGUUGUUAAAGAGCAGCGCUGUGUGUCCGUGUGUGUUUGUGUGUCCGCGGGGAACCGUCGACACCUCUUCAGGGACACUUUUUAUUGAAACGCCAUUUGACUGAAGGCUGCUCUCUGGAGUGGGAGUGUUGUGUUUUUGCCAUUUCUGCGGCCUAAAUACUUCGCACAGGAGUCUAAUAUCACGAAGAAGUGGUGUUUAUUCCACCCACUGUCGCUACAGGUGUGUGUUUUUUAUUAUUAUUAUAGGUGUGGGGACUUUUUCCACAAUGAAAGGAGAGUUUGGAGCGUGUGUGCUUGUCUCGCUCCUCAUGUUGCUCCUCGGCUCCAGUGGAGGUCAGGACUCCGGGGAUGAGUGCUUUUCUAAAUUCAAGAGCGGAAGUGAGGACUUUGUCCUCGACGCGGACGAGUCGGUGAAAGACGGCGCGAAGUUCGUCUCGUCGCCCAAGUUGGACCGCGUCAGGGACUGCGUGGCCGCCUGCUGCAAGGAGCCCAUGUGUAAUGUGGCCUUCAUGGAGCGCGGGCCCGAGGAGAACUCCAUCAAGUCCUGCUUUCUCUUUGACUGCCUGUACAAGAAGAAGUACGCCUGCCGCUUCGUCAGGAAGAAGGGAUACAUUAAUUACAUCCUGGACUCCGUGUAUGAAAGCUACCUCGAGGUGGACGUUCCUCCAAAUGAAAAUGACCGUCCACCAACGGCCAAUGGAGGACCGGACCAAGUGGUGCAACCUCAGGACAGCUUGACACUGAAUGGCAUCCAGAGCAAAGACGACAAAAAGAUCGUGACCUACCAGUGGCAGAUGCUAACUGGAUAUCCUCAUGCCGUCAUUGAGCAAACCAGCUUCGAAGACCAGAUUAUUGUGUCCAAUCUGACGUCUGGAGUGUACAAGUUCCAGCUGACCGUCACGGACAGCAUAGGCCAGUCAGACUCGACCAAGGUCACCGUCCUGGUCCUCACUCCUGAGCAGUCUGAGCAUCACUGUAUGGCUCCCAAGAAGAUCGGGCCGUGCCGCGGCGCUUUCCCUCGAUGGCAUUACAACGCCGCCUCGGAGAAGUGUGAGGAAUUCACCUUCGGAGGCUGCAAGGAGAAUCUCAACAACUAUCUGUCCAAGGACGAGUGCACCAAAGCCUGCUCUGGCUCAGAAAAAACCAGUAUAAGUGGUAGAGGUCUGCCAAUUGGUACACCGGGAGGGAAGAAAUGCGGCGCUCCCUGUACCACCGAGCAGUUUGCCUGUGACGACGGUUGCUGUUUGGAUCCGGGCCUCGAGUGCGACUCCACCGCACAGUGCAACGACGGCUCGGAUGAGCAGAAGUGCGAUGACUUGAACGACAAGUUUCGGAUUCUGCUGCGGAUUCCAUUCGAUGAGCAAAAGGUGCGCUGCACAGAACCUCCCAACACAGGAAGCUGCAGGGACAGUCUCACUAAGUGGUACUACAACCCCAUCCAGAAGAACUGCUAUCGCUUCAACUACGGCGGCUGCCAGGGAAAUGAGAACAGAUUUGAGAACAAAGAUUCCUGCAUGAGAGUUUGCCGCGGGGUGUCAGAAAAGGACGUAUUUGCAAGAAAGGAGGAGUUUGACAAGCAGGUCUCUGGGAGCCAGACAGGUAUUAUAGCAAUAGCUGCCGUCCUGGGCGUGGCUAUUGUCAUCCUGCUCGCCGUCCUGCUCUACUGCGUCUUUAAAGGAAAGAAGAAGAGUGCACAGCACCACCGCGUGCCAGUCAACACCAUCCCGGUCACCACGUUGGAGGACAGAGAGCGUCUGGUCUACAAUAGCACCACCAAGCCCAUCUGACCCUCCCUGUCCUCACCUUUGACCCCCUGCCAAGGUGGUGAACGACGCCAGUUGCCGGAGCUUUGUCAGAUGAAUGACAGACGAGACAAUAUCCGUUGACUUAAAUUUGAAUGCUGGAAGGGAUUUUUUUUUUUAUUUUGUCCAUAUAUGGAUUGUUUUUUUAAAGGUUUGCUGUACACAGAAGGCAAAGUGUUGUCAUUUAUGAAUGAGUGUCUAAUGAUCUGACUUUUAGCUUGUAUUUAAUGCAGUGACCUUGUUAAAAUAAGCUGUCGGCUGUGCAUGUACUCAGGUUAAAUGGGGAGAAAUUUGAUUAGUUUGUAGAUAGUUUAUCACUUGAUAUCCUACAGGUUGUUCCCAUUGAAACAGGUAGGAAGAAUAAAUGUUUUUUUCUUUUUUGCUUCCAUUACAAGAUCUCAUAGUAACCAGGAUUUACCUCUUUUUUAAAAAGCAGUCCUCCAUUGAUGCCAGAACCUAAACUCUCAGUGGUGCUUGUUGAUGUAAAGUAAGAUUAUUCUGCCUUUGUGGAUUUGUAAUACCACAUCCUGCUACACCAGCUUCUUCACUCUGGCAGUUUAGUUUUUUUUCUCCCCUGUUUUAUACAAUGUUGUUACACUGACACACACGCACGCACACACACAUUCAUAAUGUUGUACAUAAUUUUAGAAUGUUGAAAGAAUUAUUUUACUUGAGGAGAUUAUUUGUUUGAUUUCUCAAAAAAGUGUUUUUAGACUUAAACAAAACCUAUUAUGCCGUAUAAAAGCAGCAGUGUUGUUGAAUAUUCAACAUUCUAGUGAUCUAAUGAUUGUACAUAUAUGACCUGAUCUAACUGUUUGUAGCAGUUCUGUGAUGUUUAUACAAAAUAAAAAAUAUAAACUAAA